AUGUCCAUGAUCGAAAGCGCGUGGACGACCGCGCGAGACGACGGCGUGGGACGGAAACUCCUCGGGACGACCCCACGGUUGAAUUUCGCGCCAGAGAAUCAAGUCUACGUCUUCAUGUUCGGGUUGUCCAUCGUUUUAUUCUCCGUCCCGCCGCUGUUGAAGCUCAAGCGCGCGCUGUACCCACCUGAGGCCGAGCCCGAGUCGUGGGCGUUCGAGCGCGAGCUCGAGGAUCUGCGAUGA